CGACCGUCAAUCAGCUGAGCCUCCUUCGGGUAGGUUCUACAAUGUUGUAGCCAAAGUUUUGAACGGUGGUUCUUCAGUUAGCUAAUAGGUAGUUCGAUGCCUGAAAUAGAGGAGUUUUGUCCAGGAAUGUCCAUACUUUUGACAAGCAUAUUUCGACUUUCAAAGUCAGAGGAUUUUAUAAUAAGGCCUGUUAGCAUAGCUAACAGUAUAUAUCUUGCUAGCUAGAUGUAUUCUAGUUUUUAGCAAUCUGUCACAGUUUUCUUACUUUGUCUUUGCUGUGGCGAGAAAUAGAACUAGCUAGCUAGUACAACACUACAUAAUGAUAUGGGCCAACGGGAUAUUGUAUCCUACGAGACGUCGGUGAGAAGAAAAAGCAGAAUUCGAACUGCCUCAACGAUGUGUCGUUUGGAUGUGGAGUCUGACGUGAAAGGACCUGAACAACAUGGAAAUGCCCUCCCUUCGUCAAGGUAAUAUCCAAUCAAGAUAAUUGACUUGGUUUAGUACACAUUUUGUUAAUUUUUGCAAUAAAAAAACCCCUCAGUUUGACUGCCACUGAAACUUCAUAACUAACCUAGCUAACGUUAGCAUAGCUAGCUAGCCACUUGUCUUUAGCUAAGUUAGCCUGCUACUACUGUACUUCCUCUCAUUUUCCUCCACAACAAGAGAAACGCACAUUUUAAAAUUGAUUUAGGAUAUUUACUUGGCAUUGGCAUGUGUCUAUCUACACCUGAAACAUUAGUCGAAUAACUAAACUAAGUUAGCUCAAUUCGCUAACAGUAGCUAGCUAACUAACCAAAUUAUGUCGACCAUAGUUAACUAACGUUAACGUUAGCGCGAGCUGUAUCGGGAACCAAAACGAACCAGAUUGUUUGAUUCGAUUCCUGGCAGCAGAAUUUCUAGCCUUUGUUACUAUAAAUUGAGCGAUUACCUAGUUAUAUGUUUAUGCUUUUUUAAUGUAUUUUCCAUUAUGAAACGGGGACGACAAGGCGAUUGUUGCGUUUUCAGAACUAGCUAGCUAGCUAACGUUAGUGCUCGGAGUUCCAGUGUGCACUGCUCUGUUGUGUAAUAUGGGAUCAACUUGGCUAGCUAGUUAACUGUGGUAGCGCCAGCAAGCAACGUUGGUCGACACAUCAACAGAAUGGUUUUGCAUUUCGGCAUGCUAGUGCUUCUUCAUGUAGUUAUGUCUGACACAGAUAAUCGUACCCAAUAUGUUUUAUUAACCAUCCAAUUUGAUUUGGCGAAAUGUAGUUUAGGUUUCUGCCCUACACUAUGUUGUCUCUGACUUAAAGCAAGAGGUGUGACAGGAGCCGGGCAGAAUAUAUGUUAUUUAGCAAAUAUGUAGCAUUAUGCAGAAAAGCCUCUGCAGUUGUUCACACAUGACUCGAGCGUGCAGAAAAUAAAGUAGCCACAAGAGACCUCCAUGACUGAUGCAUACUUGUUUUUCACUGUAUAACAAUGCAUGUCAGUAAUAAGAGGUCUCAUGCUGUCUACUAGUGAAGUGGCCUUUCUGAAAGGAGACUCAACAAUUCAUUGAUAUUGGUUUUGCUCAGUUUCGACAUUCAGAAUAUGUGAACAUCUUCAUGUGCCAUGAGUGUCCUUAGUGAUGUAUAAAACCAAGCAGUUUCCAACGACUUUUGAAAAUAAGAAUAUAUGUUACUUCUUCUCCAGGUUAUGGUAAUGACACUUCGGAAUGUAGGUAGGAUGUAGCAGUGUUAUUAAGCAGGCAGUUAGUUCCCCCUUGACUCUGGAUCCACAUGCUCAACCCCAACGAAAUCAGUUGGAUGAGGACUUCUCCGUGUCUGGCAGAGUGACUAAUCUAUUACCUCAUGAACGUGACUCAUUUCGUCAGGGUGGUUCCGCCACCCAGUGACAAAUCUGUCCAUAUAAAGACAUCCGCCAGAGCGGUCUGUCUGCUUAACUGUUCAUUACUCUGAUCCUACUCUGCUUAUCAAUGGUUGUCUCCGCCUCCUCAUCCCUUCCUCCCUUCCACUCCCCAGCCAUCUAUCCCCACUGCAUGUCCUCAUUUCUAUUCUUUCUCCUCCCACUUUCACCCACAGCAUACCCCUCCUUGCUCUCUUCUGGCCAUAUAUCUGUUGCCUCCAGGGCUGAGAGAGAGGGGGAGUGAGUGUGUAGAAUCGUGACUUCAUUCAUGUGCCACCGACGCAGGGAAGUCCAUAGAGUGGGCAGAAACAGGCAAGAGACGCUGUUCUCUGUUUUCAAUUGGCUGACUGGUCCGUUGUUGCGUCAAUUUACAACCAUUCCACAUUUUAUGACGCAAUCAUAUGUCCUCCUCCAAUUUAUUAUCUUGUUGAAAACUAUUGAAUUGGCUCACUUGGCUGGGUUUUUCCACUCAUAAUUUAGUCCUGUUUGAAAGUGCCAUAAAGCUUGGGACAGUCGUGCCGUAUACGAUUCCCCUGCCUGCGUGGCUACGAAUUCCGGCAUCUACAGCCCCUACUUGUCUCCCCCGCAUGUCACAAAUUUACCUAAAUGAAAAAAAGUAUGUAAGGAGAGUGGGACAGUCAAUAGUUCUUGCCAGGGAGUUGAUACACGACUAUCAAAUCUUUAGUCACUGUUACUAGCAGGCUACCACCCGGUACUCAACCUAUACCUUAGACUGCUGCCCUAUGUACAUAGUCAUUGAACACUGGUCACUUUAAUAAUGUUUACUUACUGUUUGUCCCACUUCAUAUAUGUAUAUACUGUAUUCUAGUCAAGGCUCAUCCUAUAUAACUACUGCUAUACACACUUUUUCUAUUCAUAUACUGUCAAUAAUGUCUAUACACACCAUCGUGUUUAUUUUCCGGAUUCUGACAUUGCUUGUUCUAAUAUUUCUGUUUGUUAAUUCCUUUAUUUUUAUUUUUGGGAUUUGUGUGUACUGUAAGGUAUUACUGCACUUUUGGAGCUAGGAACUUAAGCAUUUCGCUACACCCGCGAUAACUGCAAAAUACAGUAUAUUUACUAGAUUUAGUUGCUAGUUUACCUGUCCACACUGAAUCAGCCAGGGUCUACAACAGGGCAAAAAACAAAACAUGCACCCCUUGGGGUCCCCAGGACCGAGUUUGGGGAAACGCUGGUCGACAAGGUUCUAGCUCCUGCCGAGAGUCUGUGACGCGACUUCCUCUUUUGGACGUUAAACAAUGCGACACUCCAUCUUAACUCCUCCUCCACAUUUACUGGAUUGGUUGAACCGUGCAGAAGAGAACCUCCCCUGACUUUUUGUUCUUCUUUUUUUCGUCAAGACCAUUAUGUAGGGGAUCUACACUGAAAUAAACGCAACAUGUAAAGUGUUGGUCCUAUGUUUCAUGAGCUGAAAUAUCCCAGACAUUUUCCAUAUGCACAAAAAGCUUAUUUCUCUAAAAUGUUGUGCACAAAUUUGUUUACAUCCCUGUUAGUGAGCAUUUCUUUACCAAGUGUGCAAUUGGCAUGCUGACUGCAGGAAUGUCCAUCAGAGUUGUUGCCAGAGAAUUCAAUGUUCAUUUCUCAACCAUAAUCCGCCUCCAACGUCAUUUUAGAUAAUUUGGCAGUAUGUCCAACUAGCUUCACAACCACAGACUAACUUACAGUUAGUGAGUGCAUACAUUUUCAUACUGGUGAGGGGAGUUCCUUACUAAUUCAUCAAUCAAGUACAAGGGAGGAGUGAAAACCCGCAGACAGUUGUCCCUCCGUGGAAUGAGUUUACACAUGUGGCUUAGAGGUUAUCCAUGUGUAACAUAUAUUUCCACAACGUUGAACUGUGAUGGGGCUUUACUUAAAAUUCCCUGACGCUGCACUGCCAAUAUCUCCACUCCAACUGUCCUCUCUCUGUAUCUUGGCCUAUGCAUAAUCUGUGCACAAUCCGUCAAGUCUCGGUAUCUAGCUCUGGCUCCGGCCUCUCAUCUGGUACUGUUGCCAUGGUAAGUAGGCUGUGGAGAAGCUGGCUAAAUGAGAGGCCCUGUAUAAAGAAUAGCUCACUGCCUCAACUGCUUACAUGUGAGAGGCACAGCUAGCUAUCGCUCUGCUCAGAGUAUAAACCACAGGUUUUUGUCUGCGAAUGCAAAUCCACAUUACAAUAGUCUAGUGCUAGGGAAUUUAAUGGAAUAGGUUUGCUUUUCAAAUUUCAUUUCAUGUGUUUGAACAAGUUAGCGGACCAGUUAACAUCACAUUUAUCACCCAGGAGCUUGGGUGUAAUCCACACUGGGACGCUGCCUUGCUCUGUCUUGUUUUCACUGCAAAAAUCAUAGGAUUGAAGUAAUUGAUAGGAUUUGAUGGACUCAUUCCAUUUAUAGACUUUUGUUGCUGCCAGAGACAGGUUGCAGACUUCAGUUUCACCACUCCUAUGUCUUCCAGAUACCUCAAAAGCACAGAGCUAUAAUGUGUCCAUUCCUCAGCCUAUGACUGUUUUGUGAACACCUAGCAUAUAGGGCAGGUCUGUAAGGAGCACUGCUCUUUGUGGUGGAGUAUGCAGUUAUGUAACCACUGGCCUCAGACACGUACACACACACACACAAACGUUGAAGCAACACUGCACAGUACAACACCCUGAAGGUGGAAAAUGAUACGUUUAGAUUAGAAGACGGCAGUAAAUCAAUUGGAUACAAACUAUUCUCCAUCUGUUAGGCAUCUUAAAGUUCACUAUAACUUGACUUUAUUAAAAAGAGCUUACUUAUGUUGUGCAAUGGCAUUCCUUGCCACACUAUCCUCAAAGGCAUUCAUUCCCAUUGCUGAUGCCUCUGCUGUAGAGAAGACCAAUGUGCACUGGGACCUGCGGAGGAUGUCUGGUUGCAUGCAGCCAAGUGAUGGAUGAGUCGUGGAUGCAGAAAUGCCUACAGCACGGAGUAGGCUGCUACGGCCUGGCUUCAUGUCGAUGCCCCCUCAGCUCCAACACCAAACACUGAUUGGAAGAGAGGCGGUGCUCCAGGAAAAGCAGAGGGGGAGAGAGGAGAGCUCAUCAUAUCGGCUGUGAUCAAGGAAUCACUGCAGAGAUAGCUCCUGUAAUAGCUAAUGUAAUUAUUAUACACAGACAGCAGGAGUGGUCGCUCAUUUUUUAUCAGAGGUACUGUCAAUCAAACGGGUGAUCCAGUGUUUUACUUAUGCCAAUUUCCAAACCUGUGUGUGGUGAUAAUACUCAUUGUGCAAAGAGAGAGAGAAAGUAGACUGUGAUGUGGACUGCUCAGUCAGCCAGUACUCCGUCCUGAGACAGGAUCUAGAGCUGACAUCCAGGCAGGCUAGAUGGAUAUAGAUCACCAUGGUGACUAGCAAGUCUAGCACCGUGCUCCCAACACUGCACCUCAUUCCCCCUGAGAGGAGUGGGCCAUGUGACCUACGAGCAGCGCUAGCUAGCGCCACAGCUCUCCCGAUCAUGCUGCAGCAACCACUCAGACAGCCAACAGGGUUUUCCCCUCUUGAAUGGACAGGUAUUCAGACCCCUUCCCUUUUUCUACAUUAUGUUCCAUUACAGCCUUAUUCUAAAAUUGAUAACAUUAUUUUCCCCCCCUCAUCAAUCUACACACAAUACCCCAUAAUGACAGUGAAAUCAGGUUUUUAGAAAUGUUUGCCAAAAAAAGAUACCUUAUUUACAUAAGUAUUCAGACCCUUUGCUAUGAGACUAGAAAUUGAGCUCAGGUGUAUCCUGUUUCCAUUGAUCAACCUUGAGAUGUUUCUACAACUUGAUUGGAGUCCACCUGUGGUCAAUUCAAUUGAUUUGGAAAGGCACACACCUGUCUAUAUAAGGUCCCACAGUUGACAGUGCAUGUCAGAGCAAAAACCAAGCCAUGAGGUCGAAGGAAUUGUCCGUAGAGCUCCGAGACAGGAUUGUGUCGAGGCACAGAUCUGGGGAAGGGUACCAGAAUUGAAGUCCCCAAGAACACAGUGGCGUCUAUCAUUCUUGAAUGGAAGAAUUUUGGAACCACCAAGACACUUCCUAGAUCAGGCCGCCCGUCCAUACUGAGCAAUCGGGGGAGAAGGGUCUUGGUCAGAGAGGUGACCAAGAACCCAAUGGUCAUUCUGACAGAGCUAUAGAGUUCCUCUGUGGAGAUGGGAGAACCUUCCAGAAGGACAACCAUCUCUGCAGCAUUCCACCAAUUAGGCCUUUAUGGUAGAGUGGCCAGACGGAAGCCACUCCUCAAUAAAAGGCACAUGACAGCCCGCAAUGAGUUUGCCAAAAGGCACCUAAAUGACUCAGACCAUGAGAAACAAGAUUCUCUGGUCUGAUGAAACCAAGAUUAAACUCUUUGGCCUGAAUGCCAAGCAUCAUGUCUGGAGGAAACCUGGCACCAUCCCUACAGUGAAGCAUGGUGGUGGCAGCAUCAUGCUGUGGGGAUAUUUUUCAGCGGCAGGGACUGGGAAACUAGUCAAGAUCGAGGCAAAGCUGAACGGAGCAAAGUACAGAGAUAUCCUGCUCCAGAGCGCUCAGGACCUCAGACUGGGGCGAAGGUUCACCUUCCAACAGGACAACAACCCUAAGCACACAGCUAAGACAACGCAGGAGUGGCUUCGGAACAAGUCUCUGAAUGUCCUUGAGUGGCCCAGCCAGAUCCCGGACUUGAACCAGAUCGAGCAUCUCUGGAGAGACCUGAAAAUAGCUGUGCAGCGACGCUCCCCAUCCAACCUGACAGAGCUUGAGAGGAUCUGUAGGGAAGAAUGGGAGAAACUCCCCAAAUACAGGUGUGCCAAGCUUGUAGCGUCAUACCCAAGAAGAAUCGAGGCUGUAAUUGCUUCAACAAAGUACUGAGUAAAGGGUCUGAAUACUUAUGUAACCUGUUUUUUGCUUUGUCAUUAUGGGGGUAGUGUGUGUGUGUGUGUGUGUUUGUUGGAUGAAUGGAAAACAACAAUUUAAUCCAUUUUAGAAUAAGGCUGUAACGUAGAAAAGUGGAAAAAGUCAAGGGCUCUGAAUACUUUCCAAAUGCACUGUAUGAAUGUGUUAAUUGGUGUCUCGAUAGACACGUAGAAAGCCUCUGUCAGUCGUGUUAUUUAAAUAAAAUGAUGGGUUCACUACAGACUUUGUGGUCUGGUCAUUAGGCUUGGGCGGUAUCCAGAUUGUCAUACCUUCACCUUGUGUCAUCCUGAUAUAUUAGGUAAUACCUGCACUGAACACAAGGGGUGCUAUGUUCAGUCCGAAGGUUAGCGAUGCUAACAAGUAACAUCUCAAUUCCCAUAGCGAAUGCUAGCUAAAUGACCGCAUGCAAAACAUUUUGUAGUCUGACAAACUAUUUGCAAGAAAGGCAUUCCAGCUCUUAAAGUUAUACAAGUAACUCAAUGCUACUCACAGUUUGCUUCACGCACAAACAAAUAUUAGAUGGCAAGGCUCUUGAUCCAGGAGAGGAUUCUCUGCUGUUACCAAGAGGAGCUUGAUUGCAAGAAGCGAACCAUUUCCCUAGCUAGAUAACUAGCUACUAAGUUAGCAAACCAAACUGCAGAGCAUUUAGCAAAUGUUUGACUUAACUUUUAAUAGUUAUAAGAUAUCUAGCUGGCAAACAUUUACUUGUGAAUUCCAUACUGAAACUAGAUCACCUGGUGUGUGCUUCACAAUAGUGAGUGACUCACAAGGCUCCGGUCUCUUGUCGUUAUGUGCUUGUAUUUGUAUUUAUUAGGGAUCUCCAUUAGCUGCUGCUAAGACAGCAGCUACUCUUCCUGGGGUCCAAACAUAUUAAAGCACUUAAUUACAUAAUAAAACAAAAGAUAAAACAGUGCAUCAUAUAACAUUAUUACACCACUACAUAUCUACAAUACAAAAUGUUUAAUACCACCAUACAACAAUAUCACAAUGUGUGCGUAUGCAUGUGUCUGUGCCUUUGUGUGUCUUCCCAUUCCCCGUUGUUCCAUAAGGUGAAUUUUUACCAUAUAUAUAUAUAUAUAUAUAUAUAUAUAUAUAUAUAUAUAUAUAUAUAUAUAUAUAUAUAAAGGAUUCUACUGCUUGCAUCAGUUACCUGAUGUGGAAUAGAGUUUCAUGUAGUACUGUGCACCUCCCAUAGUCUGUUCUGCACUUGGGGACUGUGAAGAGACCUCUGGUGGCAUUUCUUGUGGGGUAUGCAUGGGGUGUCUGAACUGUGUGCUAGUAUUUGAAACAGACAGCUCGGUACAUUCAGCUUGUCAACACCUCUUACAAAAACAAGUAGUGAUGAAGUCAAUCUCUCUUCAACUUUGAGCCAUGAGAGAUUGACAUGCAUAUCGUUAAUGUUAGCACCCAGUGUACUUCCGUGCUGCCCUGUUCUGAGCCAACUGCAAGUCCCUCUUUAUGGCACCUGACCACACUACUGAACUACUAUUAUUUCAAUAUGUUUUGACUAUGACAGUUUUUACAAUCCAGGGUUACUCCAAGCAGUUUAGUCACCUCAACUUGUUCAAUUUCCACAUUAUUCAUUACGAGAUGUAGUUAAGGUUUAGGGUUUAGUGAAUGAUUUAUCUCAAAUACAAUGCUUUUAGUUUUGGAAAUAUUUAGGACUAACUUAUUCCUUGCUACCCAUUCCGAACCUAACUACAUCUCUUUUGUUAAGUGUUGCAGUUAUUUCAGUUGCUGUAGUAGCUGACGUGUAUGGUGUUGAGUCAUCCGCAUACGUAGACACACUGGCUUUACUCAAUUUACUUUAUUCUUCUCUUCUGUGGUCUAACAUCCUUUUCUUCCUUUUCCCUCUACAGGUACAUGGUGGGCCGCGGGGUGAAGCGUAAGCUUAGUGAAUGCGAGGACCAGAUGCUGGACCUGCCCUACCCCCAGCAGAGGCAGCUGGUGCUGGACCUGUGUCUGGACAAGCUCCAGAGCUGCCAGCGCCGAGCUGAACCCAGCCUGCACCGCUCGGUGCUGCUGGCUAACACUCUGCGCCAGAUUCAACGGGAGAUGAGGCAGGAGGGAGGCCCGCACCAUCCGGAGUCCCCCCCUCCAGCACCCGCCACACCGUGCCACUCCCCGGAGCUGCCGCCCGUGCCCUCGGACCGUCCCUCCACCCCAGUGGCUGCACUCUCAUCCUCACUGCUGUGUGAAGACGACGACGCACAGUCGACCUGCACAGAGCUCCCCAAGGGGCCGUGGUCAGAGGACGUUGGCAAGUUGCCGGAUCUGCUGUUCGGAUCCUUUGAAAUCACAAACUCCACCAGCUACCUGACGGACCUGCAGCUGGACGACAUCUUUGAGGACAUUGACACAUCCAUGUACGACCCGUCAGACUUCUCUGUUCUGGCCUGCCCCCCUCCCAGAGGGAGCAGCGGAGCCUCAUUGGGGAAUGACUAUAACCUCAAGGCAUUCUCCACCUGCACCACCUCCAGCAGCACUCUGCAGAUGUGUCUCAAUGACCUCGACCACAUCAUGGAGAUCCUGGUGCGCUCUUGACUGAUUGGCGCCACGUCAUAGUCACAGCUGCCCAGCAUUUUAUGAGCUGGGGCGGGAAGAAUGACUGACUGAUUUUUUAUUAUCUCUCUCUAUUUUCAUACAAAGAACUUGUUAUAUUUAUACAAAAAGACUGAUGGAUAUGUCUGAUACACUUCUACUGUAUGAUGAAUGCACAUUUUUGGUGGCCUGCUGGUGCCAUCUUCUCCUUUCCUAUAGCAAGAUGAAAUGAAUAUGCAGGGACUUAAAGCAACAAACACAAGUAUUACCAUUGAGAUGUAUUUAUACUGGCUGGUUAUUCACCAGUGCAUUCUUUGGGGGGAAAAAAGGACAACCUGUGGAACAAGAUGAUGAAAAGGACAUAUUGGGGUUGGAUUCCACCAAGUAUUUCUGGAGCGUUACAAUCAUUUAUCAAGAAUUAAUAUGAAAUAGACCGGGACUUAUUCAAUACUACCUCUCUCUAAAACUAAGAGCUCUGUCUCACUAUUCAAAGAGAUUCAUGAACUCGCCGCUUCACUAAUUUUGUCUUUCAAUUGGUCUUGUUCCUUUAACAUAGAAAACUGGUGAUUAUCAAUAAUGCAGAUGUUUAACACCAGAAAGAAUGCCUUCCUGCCGAUAUGAAUCUCAAAACAUAGCCGAUAAUUCCAUGUUACACUGAUGCCUUGUCCAUCCAUUUUGGUCAUUUUAAUCAGAUGGUAGCGGACAACAAUGUCAUAAACACUAGAUUUUGAUGAAUAUUUGUUUUGCGGUUUAAUCACUUUUUGAGAAUCUUGAGGGGACAUUGAUUACUUGUAAUGGUCAGUGUGUUUUGUUACAGACUCUAGAAUAGAAAAUGAUUUCAUUUCAGCAUUAGUGGUUUGUCUCAAUGAAGAACUGUACAAUUGAGUACAAUGUAUUUUUUCCACUUUAACAAUUGUAAAAAAAAAAAAAAAAGGCAGAC